AUGAAACUCCCUCCGAUCUUGUCCAUAGUUCUAACGCUCAGUAGUGGCAGCUUGGCCUGGUUCGGCUUUGGAAAACAAAGACUGGUGCAUCAUGAGCCGACUCGCAAUACCGAAGGUGACGCCUUCGAGGUGCAAUGGUUCUCUCAGAUGCUGGACCACUACGAUCCAGCGUCGACGAGGACGUGGAAGCAGGAUAGUCGUUUGAAAAUUGCACAUAACAACACGCUACGCGAAAAUUGGAAUCGACAGCAAAUUACUUCGCGAACGACCGAUUCUACAAAGAAGGUGGCUUGGAUCGCUGACGAUGCCAGUCUCGAGUCGUACCUGGCCAAGAAGUUUGGAGCUAAGAUCUUCUUCUUGGAGCAUCGCUUUUACGGAAAGAGUCAACCUACUUACCGAUACCGCCUACUUCAUCGAGGGGAUGCAACGAUCCCACAAUAUACCCCGAUCGACCAAGUGGAUCCUCUUUGGCGCCUCGUACGCCGGUUCCCUGGUAUCCUGGAUGCGCGCCAAGUAUCCCCAUCUGGUUUACGGAGCUGUGCACCCUUAUUCGCGGAAAUUGACUUCAAAGACUUUUACAUCGUCGUGGAGAACUCGGCGAGGAAACACUCGCCGAAUUGCGUCGCUGUUUUGAGUCAGGCUUACAAGAGCCUUCACUCGAUGCUUGCCGAUAAGGCCAGUUGGGAGGAAUUGGAGAACAUGUUCAACGUCUGUGGCAGUUAUUUUGAAGAGAACACCAUGAUAAACGACAUAUUUAACUUUUACGAAGGAAUCAUCGAUAUCGUCACUGAAGUGGUCUUCAACAACGACACUUACAGUCUGACGAUCGAGAAAGCUCGUAGCGUUCUUGAAGACGAGGAAAAGGGCGAGCCUUUGACCAGGCUAGCUCAGAUCAAUGAAUUGCUAUUGAAAAGUACAACGCUACCAUUAAUCAGCUGAAGCAAAAUUCAUGGCCAGACAACGACCAGUGGGGUACACCGUACCGUAGAUGUUUAUCAAACUGUUUUAAGUACUGAUCUAUUUACCGAGAUAUGACGGGC